AUUAAAAAAGGGGGAAACACGCAGAAAGAAUUAUCUUGUCUCCAUGAGGUGUUAAGGAAUGAGCAAUCGCCAUGGAAAACCAGUCGCAGGCCAGUUCCGCAGCUGAGAAGAAGAAGAGAGUGGAGACCAUUGUGGCGACCAAGGGCUCGUCAGUGCGCAAUGACAUCAGCGAGAAAGCGGUGGCCUCCAGCACCACCUCAAAUGAGGACGAGAGUUCAGGCACACCUUACCACCGCGAGCGGCGCAAUGCGAUCAGCUCCCAGGUCCCGACCAACGAGGAGCCCUCCACCUCCACAGAGGAGCGUCCCUCCCUGCUCAAGAAGGAGCUGCACAGUUCCCUGCCCCACCUGGCUGACCACGCCCUGCCGUACCGAGGCACUCUGUUUACUAUGGACCACCGCAAUGGCUACCUGGACUCACACUAUCCAGCGCCACAGUUCUUCCCUGCCUUCCAUCCUCCUGUUCCAAUAGACGACAGACAUGCCCAGGGUCGCUACAUCUACGAGCCCUCUCCUGUGCCCCCGCUGCACAUGCCUCCGACACUGGCGGGCAGUCCAGCGUUCUCUGACAUCUCCCUCAUCCGGAUCUCGCCCCAGCGGAACCCCUCCAUGGGGGCGGAGUCGCCCUUUCACCCUCCGCACCCCUACAUUAACCCAUACAUGGACUACAUCCGCUCGCUCCACAGCAGUCCCUCCAUCUCCGUCCUGUCCGCCACACGAGGCCUCAGCCCCGCAGAUGCCCCUCACACGGGCCUGACCACAGCUGAGUACUACCACCAGAUGGCCCUCCUCACAGGCCACCGUAGCCCGUACGCGGCCGACCUGCUCCCGACCGUGGCGUCCACGGCCGGCGCCAGCAGCGCCAGCGCCCUGCACAUGGAGUAUCUGCAGGCCAUGGAAAACUCUCGUUUCCCGAGCCCGAGGCUGCCGUCGCGGCCCAGCAGGAAGCGCCCGCUGCCCAUCUCGCCGCUCUCCGAGCACAGCUUUGACCUGCAGAACAUGAUCCGCAACUCGCCCAACUCUCUCGUCACCAUGCUCAACAACUCGCGCUCCAGCUCGUCCACCAGCGGCUCCUACGGUCACCUCUCGGCUGGAACCAUCAGCCCGGCGUUGAGCUUCGCCUACCCUCCGACCCCCGUGGCUUUGCACAUGCACCAGCAGCUGAUGGGCCGUCAACCAGGCCUCGUGGGCUCAGCGUUUGGCCACAGCCCGCCCCUCAUCCACCCGACGCCAGCCUUUGCCACCCAGCGGCCCGUCCCUGGCAUCCCCCCCUCCGGACUGAGUGCCAGCGAGCGCUCCGUCGUCUCCAAUGACUCCUCACAGACCAAACCAACGAGCGAGUCUGCUGUGAGCAGCACAGGAGACCCCAUGCACCACAAACGCUCCAAAAUGAAACCGGAGGAAGAGCUGCCAAGCCCUGGUGCAGUGAGUGUACAGGACCAUCCUGAUGGCAUGACGCUGGUGAAGGAGGAGGGAGACAAGGACGAGAGCAAACAGGAGCCGGAGGUGGUUUAUGAGACAAACUGCCACUGGGAGAACUGUUGCCGCGAGUUUGACACACAGGAGCAGCUAGUGCAGCACAUCAACAAUGACCACAUCCAUGGGGAAAAGAAGGAGUUUGUGUGCCGGUGGGAGGAAUGUUCUCGAGAGCAGAAACCCUUCAAGGCUCAGUACAUGCUGGUGGUCCAUAUGCGUAGGCAUACUGGGGAAAAACCACACAAGUGCACAUUUGAGGGCUGCGCAAAGGCCUACUCCCGUCUGGAAAACCUUAAGACUCACUUACGCUCCCACACUGGAGAGAAACCAUAUGUGUGUGAACAUGAAGGCUGCAACAAGGCCUUUUCCAACGCCUCGGAUCGGGCAAAACAUCAGAAUCGCACGCACUCCAACGAGAAACCAUAUGUGUGUAAAAUCCCAGGCUGCACCAAGCGCUACACAGACCCCAGCUCCUUACGCAAGCACGUGAAGACGGUGCACGGCCCGGAGGCGCACGUCACCAAGAAGCAACGUGGAGAUUACCCACGCCCUCCGCCGCAGCCUCGGGAGCCAGGGGGCAACAACCAGGGCAGGUCGCCGGGGCAACUGCCCCUGGGUGGUUAUGCAGACCAAAGGGAGUACAACCACGCUACCUCAAAACAAGACGAUUGUCUGCAGGUCAAGUCCAUCAAGACGGAGAAACCUAUGACGUCUCAGCCAAGCCCUGGCGGUCAGUCUACAUGCAGCAGUGACCAGUCCCCCAUCAGCACCUAUCCCAGCAGUGGAGUCCAGCUUGCUGUGAGCGCCGGACGCUCACCAGGGGAGGGGCUGGAGGAGGACGAGGAGAAAGAGGACAUCGAAGAGGAGGCAGAGGAGGAGUGCAGGGGUCAGCGAGCCCCCAUUAUGGACUCCACGGUCUCCACAGCAACCGCGGCCAUGCUGACCCUGCAGGCGAGACGAAGUGUUGGCCGCCCCCUGCGCUGGAUGGAGCACAUCAAGAUGGAGCGGCUGAAGCAAGUGAAUGGAGCGCUGCCCAGGCUGGGGCCCCUGUCCCCUACACCGCCCCCCAAAAGCUCCACUCUGCCCAACAUCCUGGGGAAGGGAUCCUGUCUGGGCAGGCAGUCGGGGGUGCCUGCUCCUCAGCCUCCUGUGCAUGCUGAGCUGGGAAGCACGGAGCUAACAGUGCUCAAUUUGCUGCGGGAUCGACGUGACAGCAGUGGUAGUGCUACCAGUUCAGCCUACCUGAGUAGCAGCCGGCGCUCAUCAGGCAUCUCCCCCUGCUUCUCCAGCCGACGCUCCAGCCAGGCUUCCCAAAAUGAGGGUACAAUGGCAGCCGCCCACCACCGCCGCCACCAUAACCUUAGCUCCAGUGACUCUUAUGACCCCAUCUCGACUGAUGCCUCCCGCCGGUCCAGUGAGGCCAGCCACUAUGGAGGUGGAAGCGGGGGUGGAGGUGUAUUCUCAGGUGGAGGCUGUGGAGGUGUAGGAGGAGUCGGCAUUGGAGGAGGAUCUGGCUCUCGGGGGAUGCUCAAUUUAACCCCAGCACAGCACUAUCACCUUAAAGCCAAGUACGCAGCGGCAACUGGUGGCCCACCCCCCACGCCCCUACCAAACAUGGAGCGCAUGAGCUUGAAGACACGCAUGGCCAUGAUGGAUGACGGUGGCAGCAACCACUGUUUGCCACCUCUUGUCAGGCCACAUCACUGCAACGAGGGCACCAACGGGUACACUAAUGGGUAUGUGGGCCAUGCAGGAUACAGGAGGAGGGUCUUCUAUCCUGGUGAAGGACCACUGAAUGGAAACCGCCGGGCCAGUGACCCAGUCCGAACGCAAACUCUUGACACUUGCAGUUUGCCCCCAGUCCAGCGAUUCAACAGCCUUAACAACCUCCACCCUCUUCCACCUCUGUCUCAUUAUUCCACGCCUGAGACUCGCAACUUUAGCUUGCAGAACUACACACGCUCAGAAGGCAACCUGCAGAGAGGUACUCAGCACUCACCCUACACUCCCAGCAUUGCAGAACAUGCAGCCUUAGAGGCCCUGGCCAUGGAGGAUGACGGGGAUGCUGGCCUGUUGCUUGGGGAUGAGGAUAUGCUGCCUGACGACCUUGUGCAGUAUCUCCACUCCCAGGUUCAAGUGGAUGGUGGCCCCUACCUGCACAUUGAGGACCAAAUAGCUUCUAGCCAAAGGGACAACUCGCAUCCAUCGAUUGAGGAGCUUGAACAGAUGCAGACAUCAGGGUUGAGUAUAGACUUCCCUGGGUGCCAUAGUCUCCAGCAGAUAGCAGAGAGGAAGAGUCCCAGCAAGCUUCCCAUCCAGUGGAACGAAGUGAGCUCCGGCAGUGCUGACAGGUCCCCUCAGAGGGAACUAAACCACCAAACACAGUGUGCGAGAUGGUCAGGCACAGAACAUGGACCCAUAUCUGCACCAUUUGGUCGGUUUGGAAACAUGGUAGUUCAACAGCAAGUGCCCCCCGAUUUCCAGAACAGUUGCUCUUUAACUAAUCAACCUCAAAGUUCUUGCUGUGUGAACCAGGGGGUUAAGCUAGAGACUUCGCUCAACUCCUGCAUGGACAUGAGAGGUGCAAGUCACAACUCUACCAGGCCCAGCUUCUCACAGACCAUCAAUCAGCCACUUCCCCAGAGCUUCAAACAGCAGGUCUCCAAUGGACCUCAAAAACAUGGCCACUUCCAACAGAACCACAACAGCAGCACCUCUUGUCAGGUUGGGAACAACCUAAACCUGAGCAGGGGCUCCAUGGACAACCUGCCGAGCCUCUCCCAAGGAUCACCCCAUCACAAUCAGCAUGUUCACGUCCCUCGCCCUCCCAUUAACGGUUACAGGAACUUGGUCAGGAACCAGCAGUACCUCAGUGCCGCGAGCGCCAAUGACGUCCAGCAGCAACAACUGCAGAGAAGUGGGGACCACUGUUCCCUGGCACAUCAGGUAUCUGGGCUGAAACUGGAGGCCCCAGAUCAUGGAUACUUAGAGCAGGUGACUGGUGACUGCCUCUCUUAUGAACCCGCAGAUCGUAAGGCCUCCUCAUUCCCUGUUCUGGACGAACAGUGCUUGCUGGACUCCAUGGCUGAAUCAGUGAGUCAAGGGGGCGGCAAUGGGAACUCGGUUGCACUUCUCUCCCCUGGUGCAGACCAGGUGACCAGCACAGUGGACGGCAACGUACCCAAUAUAUUAGACGAGGGGGUAAAUCUAGAUUUCGGCGCCAUGCUGGAGGAUGGCUAUGAUCAGGGUAGCUUGGUGUCGGGGGUGUUGAGUCCUUCCAUCUUUCAGGGUCUGUCCAGGACCUCGUCUCGCCUGACCACUCCUCGCGGAUCAACAACCUUUCACAGCGUUGCUCCGGGCCUGAACAACAUGGCCAUCGGGGACAUGAGCUCUCUCCUUACCACACUUGCUGAGGAGAGCAAGUUCCUGGCUAUCAUGCAGUAGCUGCUCUCUCUCUGCUUUCUCCUCCCUUAGAUAAAAAUGUUGAAAAAAAAGACGAGAAGAACUCUGGUGCAUGUGAAGAUAAAGACAAAAGUGGCAAUUACGAGAACUUUAUGAUAUACUUAAAAGUGUUCUGGAAAAGGCAGUUGCCAAACUUGUUUAUUUUGUAGAAAAAUAUCAUCCUGCACAGACACGGGAUGUGACAAAAUUAUGUAUAGUUAAAUAGUUAUAUUCCUUUUCUGGAAUGAAGGCUAUUUUUUGGACGCCCUUCUUUGUAUUACUAUGUGAUGGUGAGCAGAGGCUCACGUCUUUGAAACAGUAUUCUGUGUAUUGUCACUGUUUUUUGCUGUACACACUGUUAGUAAAAAAAAAAAAAUGCAUGCAUUUAAGGCUGAACAUUGAACACUGUCUAUAUAAGUACAUAGACUAGCCCAUGUGCCAAGUAUCUUCUGUUCUGAACCCACAGGUACAAAAAAAAAAUCAAUUUUUGUUCUAGCAGGUGAGACAUGGGCCAUUAAUGAUGACUUUAUAGUAUAUCAUACUUGUUUUGUUUUUUAAAUGGUAUAUUUACAUUUGUUGUCAUUUUGUUCGUAUCUUACUUUUGUGAAUCUGUAAAUGCUUCUUCUGACUUUUACCAAGUGGUGUUUUUGUCAAGAUGGUAUCGAGUCCAAUAAUUGGACCAGGCAUUUAAGUCUUCAAGGCGCCAUAGAUAGAUUGUCUACUUGAUAUCUAAAUGGCUUGAUUUAGUCUUGUAAGGUACUCACAAGUGUAUAUAACAAGUGGUUUUUUUCCUAUUGUUUGUGAUAAUCUGUUUGUUUUGUUUCGUUUGAUGAUGGAUUGCACGGUCAUUUGGAGCUGAUUUGGAAAAAGGACAUUCUCUCCUUGAUGAUCAAAAGGUCACAUUUGGUGCUUUAUGUUUGCUUUAAUGAACUGAUAUGAGAACUUCAUGGUCUGAAUCUGUCUUAAUGACCACCAGUGGUCGGUCCACAGCACAUGGAUUAACCCACUCGUGACGAUAAGUGCUGUAAAGUGAUGUGUAUUUGUUCCAUAGGAAAUCAUCUGUAUUGUUUUCUCCAAAGCUCUUAAAUUCAGAAUGUGUCCUGCAGAGAGUUAUGCGGCGACUUCAUUGACAGUGUUAGUGUUGCCUUGCAGUCGUGUGCGACUGCGCACAGAAUAUUGAGUAGUUUACCUUUUAUUCAGCAUCAAAGCAAUGAGGUACAAAUUGUUUUACUGCUCUUUGGUACUACUUUUGUCAUUUUUGUAGCUGUGCAUUGGUGGAGUUUUGUUUGUUUUGGGUUUUUUUUUUCCUUCAAAGAAGUAGAAAUCAUUUCCUUUGAAAGAAGGAAAGUACACAAGGUAUGUGCCUUAUUUGCCUGUCGGUAAAGAGAAAGAUCACUGCCAAUCUUCCAUUGUGAAUUAUGAAAAAAAAAAACAACAACAACUACAAAAUCAAACAUGUAAAGUGUCUUGUGAGGCCUGAGGAAAAAAAAGAGGAAAAGAAACGCUAGAACAUUUAUAUGAGAAAAGUCUGAAUAUCAGAAACGUUUGUGAAAUGCAUUCUACUUUUCUUUUCUUUUAUUCUUUUUUUUUUAAUGUUUUCACAUUUAUUGUGCUUUUAUAUAUAUAAUUUGUAAAUACAAUACUCAUUCUGUAGGUUUAGCAGAGGAAAUGGGGGAAUGUCCCUGGGGCCAAUAAAGAACUGACUUUGAAAGCAGGGAUUCCCAGGCCCUGGGUAAAGGCCAGACAGAUCUGGCUCAGAGCGGAGCUUCAAGUGCCCAGCGCUGCCCCUCCGCCAGAAGAGCCACUUUGCUCUUUUAUAACUGACUACAAAUGUUUGUAUGGUUUUAAUAAAAACGGAAAUUAUA